CACAAACUUCGCAUAGGAUGUGGUGAGUGGAUUAAUCUGAACGUCAAAGUGAAAAUGAAAGUACGACGCCGUUUUUCUAUCUUCUAAAAGUAGAGAGUGCUUGUAUACAACCUGACUGACAGUGACAGGUACUGAGUGUCCUACCAAAAGUAUAGAUAGUGAUGGCGGAUCCCGAGCCAGAAGGAGACGACCUAUCCUGGAACUCUCUGCCUGACCACAUCGUAGUGCAGAUCUUCUCCUAUCUGAGUCUCCAAGACAAGUUCCGUGCUUCAUUUGUGUGCAAAACUUGGAAUGAUUGCUUCCACUUUCCAGUUCUCUGGAGGGAUUUUGUCUUUAUUGUUGAAAACAAUGAUGAGAAAGAAGCCAUUCGUCAUCAGAAGUGCUUGGAGAUGCAUGGUGCCCAUUUGAAACAUGUUUUAAUGAAAGUAGAUCAGAGCGAACAAAUUUGCAGAACCAUUGCUCGUGAUAUUUUAAAUGGAAUUGCCAAUCUUACCAACAGGAAACUGUCUUCCAUUAAAAUUGACUUUACUGGUGAAAAUCCUCUCUUUUAUGCUGGUGCUGAGUUUGUGCAAUCAUUGAAGCUGUUAUUUGGACGCAACCCUGAAGCACUUGAAACACCUAUGCAUUCUCUAGUAAAUGUAGAUUUGAGUGGAAUGCCAGUUGCCUUUGAUGAUGAGAUGUUAAACCUUUUAUCACAGAACCAUCCAUUGUUGGAGAGUUUAAAUCUUCUUAAUAAAGUAUUGGUGUGCAAAGUGUCAGCUAACUGCAUUUUCCAACUGGUGAAGAAAUGCAGAAAAUUGAAAAAGCUCUUUGUGUUUCACAGUAGCAUGUCUGACAACACAUUAGUGGCUCUCGCCGAAGAUGAUAGAGCCCCUUUGGAGGAACUUGGCAUAUCUUGUAGGAGAGAAGAGAAGUAUGGCACUGAUUUGUCAUCGGAAGCAUGGCAGCAGCUGGUAACCAAGUUGCCAGAUCUAAAAGUGAUGCUGUCUUUUGAUCAUACCUGUCCCCUUCACAGAGUCUCCCAAAUAAUGAAACCAGAAAUCCCGGUCCAUGUCCUGAACCUACAGACCUUCACCAUGAUUUAUGAGGAGGUCACACAAGCCACGUCAUUUUAUAAGAACACACUGGAGGUGGUUGUCUUACAGACGAGGAAUUCUUCGGAGCUGGAGAGAGCGCUGGUCAAUCUGGCCAGGCGCUGCGCCCAGCUCCAUACACUCUGUGUAUACUGUGUGUUGAAGAAGGAUGUUGUGGAUGAAAUUCUGGCUCUGAGGCCCAAAAUGAAGGAAGAUAAGACUUACAUUUUGAAGUGGCAGGCUCAGGCAGAGCCAUGGGUUGUGGGGGUAGAGGAGGGGGAUUGAGAGAGAAUCUGCUUUUAGAUAGCCCCCCUCCCCCUCCUCCUCCAACCAAAAAAAACACUGCCUGCUUAUUUAUUGGUCAGUGUACUUAAAAAAUCAAAAACCAAAGAAUAAAAUGAGAAAUAAAAGAUAGUAAAUUAAUGAUGUAGGCUCCCUACACAAAAUGUGAAAACAGCUGUCAAAAUUAAUUUUUCAUGUUAGAUGUAUAUUUUAAGUAGUGCUGUUAAGGACUUUUAUAGAGAAAACAAAUAUUUGCACAAUUUAAUAAUAUUGCUGCUUAUUUAUUUAGAUUGGUGUAGUCAUAUAUAUUGUUUGUUUUGCCCUCUCAAUAAUCUAAAAAGGUUGUAGAAAUGUUGAUAGCAGCUAGGUUUUGUCUGCUUUAUAUUCGGAGUUGCAUUUUAUUUAUACAUGUUGUACAUUUUAUAGUCAUGAUUUUUAAAAUCGUAUUUGAAAUAGGUCUUCAAAACAUGUUGUGUUAUUUUUAAUGGUGCAAUAUAGGAAUGUUUUGUAUUUUAAUUAUUUUCAAAUGAUAUUUAUUUUUAAAAUAUAUUUUGUCUUUUCCUUCUUUUUUGACAAUAAAUACUGGAUAAAGUGCAAUUCACAGAUAACCAUAAUUUCAUUUUGUAAAAAAGUUAUUUGACUUUGAGUGCCAGUUCAUGCAUUUCUGGAAGUGCCAACAUAAGAUUCAAUGAAAUGUCAUACAGAUGUUUAAAGAACUAUAUUGUGUUAUUUAUUGUAUUAUAAAACAUAUUUUAAAUCAAAGUACCGAAGAACU